AUGACCUUCUCCGAGUUCGUCUUUGUCCCUCUCGGGAUGGGGAUCAUCAAGACCAUUGUCUAUGCAUAUGAAUAUUUAACUUGGCCUCUAUAUUACAUGUUUAAAAAAACCCUAAAUUACAUACCGCUUCCAGAUUCACCAUAUGAAUCUGAUGCUACCUACAGAGAAGAAGAGAAACGGAUACUUGCUCUUCCUAUUCGUCAGGGCGAUGUCUCUGCGCCUUGGAGGGCAGUGGAAGCGAUGGAUAAACUAGCUGAUGAGCCUAUUCCCGGCUGUAGGAUUCUUCCUGAUAUUUGGAUGAGAACUAUAAAACUUUAUUCUGAUCAGCCAGGAUUCGGCACGCGGGCUAUCCUCAAAACGGAUUAUGAGGUUCGUUUACAUGAAUUAUCCUAUAUUGCCCUCUAUACUGGCGGUAUUGUAUGUCUAAUUCGUAAAUUCCAUUGGCUAUUGAUUCAAUUAUUCCUAUAUACAUUUAUCUAG